UGGAGGGAGCUGCAGGGGCAGCAGAUCCGGAAGCAGAAUGCUUCCUUCUGUAAUUAAAUAGCAUUUACUAUUAUUAUUACUAAUUGUAAUAAUACUCUAAUAAUAUCUCUAGUAAUAUAAUACCAUUUAUCAAGGAAAGUUAUACAUAGUGUGAGUGGGGGAAAACCCAAGCAGAGUUUUCCCUCUUGUGGGUAUAAGCCCCAUGAAACAGCAAAGAAAUGCUUGUGAAAUAGCUUUUCAGAUGUACAUUUCUCAGGGGCUGGAAAGUUCAUCAAAUAAGAAAAACGCUAUAAUGGAGAGACAGAAAAGGAAAGAGGAAAUAGAGAAGGGACUUCAAUUCAUUCAGUCCACGUUACCCCUAAGCCAAGAAGAUUAUGAGGCCUUUUUACAGAAGCUGGUGCGGAACCUUUUUGCAGAGGGGAAUGACCUGUUCCGGGAGAAGGACUUCAAGCUGGCACUGGUGCAGUACGUAGAAGGGCUGAACGUGGCGGACUAUGCGGCCUCGGACGAGGUGACCAUCCCAGUGGAGCUCCUAUGUAAGCUGCACGUCAACCGGGCUGCUUGCUACUUUGCCAUGGGCUUGUACGAGAAGGCAUUGGAAGACAGUGAGAAGGCUUUGAUGCUUGACAAGGAGAACAUCCGUGCCCUCUUCCGCAAAGCCCGCUCCUUAAAUGAGCUGGGGAGGCACAAGGAGGCGUAUGAAUGUAAUAGCCGCUGCCUGCUGUCCCUCCCACAUGAUGAGAGCGUUACGCAGCUUGGUCAGGAGCUCGCACAGAAGCUGGGUUUAAGGGUUCGGAAAGCAUAUAAGAGGCCUCAGGAAUUGGAAACUUUCUCUCUACUCAGUAAUGGCACAUCAGCCAGCUUAGCAAAUCAGAUGACUUCCAAUGGGUUGGGCUCCAUAGAUGAUAUUGAAACAGACUUCUCCAUGGACCUGCAGUGCAUCCCUGCUCCCCUCGCCACCUCCAUCCCUGUGAGCGAGGGUGCAGCCCUUUCAGCUUCUGACAUGGAUGCAAAGGGCCUGCCCACCUCUCUGCCUGCCGCCACACUGCUCCAUUCUCCGGAUUGCGUAUCCCUGCCCGUGCCCGAGAGUGUGGAGGACUUCACAGAUGGGGAGGUUAUUGGGGAAGAACUGGACUCUCUUCUGGAUUCCCUGGCUGACGGGUCACAGUACCCUCUAUCUCUGGUCCAGGGAACCAUUCCCACCAACUUGCCUACUGAGAUGCCCCAGCUGAUCCCCGUGUUUCCGGGUGGAACCCCUCUGCUGCCCCCUGUGGUGACAGCCAACAUCCCGAUUAACCAACAUCCACUGCCACCUGCCUCCUUCGGCCUGGUGAUGGAUCCCACCAAGCAGCUCUCCUCUUCUGUCCUGGAUGCCUUUGAGCCCACUGGGGGCAGUGGUGGCUCCCCCUUGGAUUCUCUGGAUUCACUGGACCUGCUCCCGUACACAGAGCCACGGCUCGAUGCCCUAGACGCCUUUGGAACUAGCAGGGGCUCACUGGAUGCCCUGGAUUCCUUUGCUGUAGAAGAAGCUGGUCCUCAGGAACUGCGACACACUGCUGGCAGCCAGAAACCAUCUCCUGCGGUCAGCCUCAGUGGGGUGAGUCACCCUACCAUCCCCAAGGGGGCGGAGCUCCUGCAGUCUCAGCCAGAGGCGGUGAUGCCCAACACUGCCCUGCUCGUGAAGAACCCCCUGGCGUCCACUCAUGUCUUCAAGCAAGCCUGCCACCUCUGCUACCCCAAAACAGGCCCCAAGGCUGGUGACUACACUUACCGGGAAGGCCUGGAGCACAAGUGCAAGCGGGACAUAUUGCUGGGGAGACUGCGAAACUCUGAAGACAAGACUUGGAAGAGGAUCCGGCCCCGACCCACCAAAACCAACUUUGUGGGAUCCUAUUACCUGUGCAAAGAUAUGAUUAACAAGCAGGACUGUAAGUACGGGGAUAACUGCACCUUCGCGUACCACCAGGAGGAGAUCGACGUGUGGACGGAGGAAAGGAAGGGAACACUCAAUCGUGACCUCCUCUUUGACCCGCUGGGAGGGAUCAAGCGGGGCAACUUGACCAUUGCCAAGCUCCUGAAGGAACACCAGGGCAUCUUCACCUUCCUCUGCGAGAUCUGCUUUGACAGCAAACCCCGGAUAAUCAGCAAAGGGACCAAGGACUCUCCAGCUGUCUGCUCCAACCUUGCUGCCAAACACAGCUUCUACGACAACAAGUGUUUGGUUCAUAUUGUGCGUUCCACCUCCCUGAAAUACUCUAAGAUCCGCCAGUUCCAGGAGCACUUCCAGUUUGACGUGUGCCGGCAUGAGGUGCGCUACGGCUGCUUGCGUGAGGACAGCUGCCACUUCGCUCACAGCUUCAUCGAGCUCAAGGUCUGGCUGCUGCAGCAAUACUCGGGGAUGACCCAUGAAGAUAUUGUCCAGGAGUCUAAAAAGUACUGGCAGCUGAUGGAGCAUGCCAGCAAAGCCACCAGCAGCACGGCUGCUCCCCGGGCUCCGACAUCAAGCAGCUUUGACCUCCAGAUGAAAUUUGUGUGUGGCCAAUGCUGGAGGAACGGGCAGGUGGUGGAGCCAGACAAGGACCUCAAGUACUGUAGUGCCAAAGCCCGCCACUGCUGGACAAAGGAGCGUCGCGUCCUGCUGGUGAUGUCCAAAGCAAAGAGGAAGUGGGUGUCCGUCCGACCGCUGCCUUCCAUCCGCAACUUCCCACAGCAAUAUGAUCUGUGUAUCCAUGCACAAAAUGGCAGGAAGUGCCAGUAUGUUGGGAACUGCUCCUUUGCCCACAGCCCUGAGGAGAGAGACAUGUGGACCUUCAUGAAAGAAAAUAAAAUAUUGGAUAUGCAGCAGACCUAUGACAUGUGGCUAAAGAAACACAACCCUGGGAAGCCAGGAGAGGGGACACCACUCACGUCGCGUGAAGGAGAGAAGCAGAUCCAGAUGCCCACCGACUACGCCGACAUCAUGAUGGGAUACCACUGCUGGCUGUGUGGGAAGAACAGUAACAGCAAGAAGCAAUGGCAGCAACACAUCCAGUCAGAGAAGCAUAAGGAGAAGGUUUUCACCUCUGACAACGACUCUAGCUGCUGGACCUACCGCUUCCCCAUGGGCGAAUUCCGGCUCUGUGACAGGUUCCAGAAGACCAAGGCCUGCCCUGAGGGGGAGAAAUGUUGCUAUGCUCAUGGCCAGGACGAGCUGACCGAGUGGCUGGACCGGCGGGAGGUGCUGAAGCAGAAACUGGCCAAAGCUCGCAAGGACAUGCUGCUGUGCCCCAAGGAUGAUGACUUCGGCAAAUACAACUUCCUAUUGCGGGACGGCGUAUAGUGGGGUGGGGGGACCUGUUGACUGGAGAAACAGAAGCAAGUUUUCAAAGGGUGAGGCUGUGGCAGGGCAACUGAGAGACAUGUAUCACAAAGAGAACUUUUUUUUUUUCCUUUUUGUUUCAAGAUUACCAAUAUGAUUUUCUGGUGGUGAAUGAAAUUGUGAAAAUUGUGACCCGAUUCCUCUGUGGCCAGUGAAUGCCGAGCUCAUAAAGUUUCUUUUCUAUCUUCUUUUCUUUCCUUAUUCUCUGCCCACC